ACAUCAAACAUCAGAAUGGGGAAAAGGGGACCCUAAUGAAGUGCUUGGCUCAUGUAUGACUGACGGGAGCUGGACAGCUGUCUGACCAACUCCAGGAAGCUUUGUCUGCUGCAGCUGUUAACCAAGUCUCCUCCAGGGCUGCGGGCUAACUUCUCGUCGACGCACCACUUCAGCUCAGUUUAUUUUGGACUGGAUACGACAAGCAGCACAGCAAAGACAUGGCUUUCACACACGGAGCGUUUCUCCCGCUGUUUCUUCAUCUCUGCCUCCUCAGCUGGAGCGCUCGGGCUAAAGUGACAGUGACUAUGGAUGAGAGCGUUGAGGUGUACCUGGGUGACUCGGCUCAGAUCCCCUGCCAGUACAGCUUCACUGAUGCCAACAAUGAGCCCAGCUUUGUCAUGAUCCAGUGGUUUGUGAGACGUGCCCGUAACAGCUCACGGAUGCGGAUCUUCUACGGCGAUGGCAGUCAGCAGAUCGUGGACAACAACACAGACUACACCGGUCGCAUCCAAGUGACUUCAGAUCAGCAGGGAACACGACUCACCAUCCAGAAAGUCCAGCUCUCUGAUGAGAGGGAAUUCUUCUGCCAGGUUAAUGGGCUGGCUGCCGGGACUGCCGAGGGAAAGACCCACCUCAGAGUGUUUGCUCCUCCACAGGCUCCAGUGAUCGAGGGUGUCUCUACUGGAAUAUCUGUCACCAAUGAGAUACCGUCUAAGGUUGCAUCUUGCGAGGUGCAGAACGGCUUCCCUAAACCCAACAUCACCUGGUAUAGAAACGGGAUGCCACUGAUCUCUACACCAGGAUAUGUAAAUGUGUUGAUCCUGGUGACCCGGGAGCCCAGUGCCUUCUUCUCUGUCCAGAGCACACUGGAGUACAAAGUGAUUAAGGAGGACAAGGAUGCUUAUUUCUCCUGUGAGGUCAGCUUCUAUGUCCCAGGAGCUGUCAGGACAGUCGAGUCCAGCGCCAUCAACAUCACCGUUCACUACCCCACCACCAUGGUGGAGCUGUGGAAGGAGUCGCCCCAGGGCUUGGUCAAAGAGGGGGAUACUGUGGAGCUGCGUUGCCAGGGUGAUGGCAACCCCCCGUCGCCCUUCAUUUUCAGCCGAGAACAAGAGCUGGAUGUUGACCUGGAGAGCAGCAGUGAUGUGUUGGUCCUGUCACCAGUGUCAAGGAAAGACAGUGGCAUCUACCAGUGUCGCCCCCUGGACACUGACACACACACAGAUGUCAAGGGAGAAAUGCAGCUCACUGUGCACUAUUUGGACCCAGCUGUGGUGGUGCCUAAAGACUCAGAGGUCAUGCUCAAAGGAGAGGAUCUGACUGCAACCUGCAACGCUCUGUCCUCACUGAAAACAUCCACUGUCUGGUACAAGAAUGGCAAACAGGUGGGCAAGGGGAACACUUUGCACCUGCAGGAUGCCACCUAUGAAACAAAAGGAGAGUACAUAUGUGAGGUGACCGUUCCUUCCCUGCCUGCCCUGCACACCAGCGGCUCUGUUCACAUCAUCGUCCAAGGUGCUCCCCAGCUGGUGGGAGCGGAUCAGGAGGUGCAUCUGGAGGAGGCAACAGGCAGGAUGGUGAACCUGAGCUGUGAGGCUGAGGGCUAUCCACUGCCCACCAUCUCCUGGAGCAUCAUCGGCAGCCAGGACUGGCAUGAGGUGGUGAGCAAGGCAAACGAGCACAUAAUUCACAGUGUGGUGUCAGUCAAAGUCACCUCGGACAUCAGCGCUCAGUGCAAUGCUUCCAGCGACAUGGGCACUGAAGUAAAGACUUUCAGCAUCAAAGCCAUUCCCAGAGUCACCACAACUGCUCCCUUCUCUCCUGCUGAAGGCAGUGGAGUGAUCAUAGUGGUGAUCAUACUGUGUCUGCUGCUGCUGGCCAUCCUCGGCAGUGUUCUCUACUUCCUUCAUAAGAAGGGAAAGAUCCCCUGUGGACGCUCAGGGAAGCAGGAGAUUACCAAAGAGAAGACCACCAAAGAUGACAUUGUUGUUGAGAUGAAGACCAACACAAAGAAUGAGGAGGCUGUUCUCCUAAAGGCUGUCAACGGGGACAAAAAGGGCCCUAAUGACCAGUGAAGUCCCCGGAGGUUCAGCAGUGAUGUUGUGCAGCAGGAGGCAGGACACAUGACACCAGCAGUCAGUGUGAGUUGGAGCAGAGGAGGCAGUUGGCUCUCCCACUGAUCUGAGACCUGCAGGGUAACACCACCCCACAGUCUGGACAUUCCCCCAUCAUGCUUUGUUCUCAGCAGUAUUCAGUAGAUUUUACACAGGUACACUCAACCACAUCCACACACACAUUACAGACACAAACACACAGGUAUGUAUGUACAGAUGUGUAUUUUCUUUUGAACGAAUGUUUGCUUCCUCAACAUUCAGUUUCUCUGGUUGUUUUGUACUAUUCCUCAAAAUAUGUUCAACUCUUGGCUGUUGUUCAGUGUGUGUACGAUGAUGUUUCUUAUGUAUCAUCGACUUCUGUUUUUUGUUUUUUAUGAAAGUGUAUAUAUUAUAUAUAUUUUGUUAUUUAAGAUAUUUUGGCACUCAGAUUUUCAUUUCAUGGUAGCGUCUGGGUCAUGUGCAUGUUGAUCCGUGUUCAUGGGUCCAGGUGAGUUUUAGGACGGGAGGUGAUGUCAGAGACCAAACGCUAGCUGCUCCUCUGUGGCUGCUCUUUACUGUCAGUUCAGUCACACUGAGAGGAGGCUUGUCAGUGUGUUUGCUUCAGUUUGAUUUUUGAUUGACUCCAAUAUUUGCAGAAAUUGAGGUUGAAAUUUUCCUCUAGAAUCAAUGUCUUGUUUUGGUGGAAAAACCUUGAGAUGCAGGAUAAUCGUAUCAGUAAUAUCUAUAAAACCUGUCAAUCGCACACGCUGGCGGCCUUCUUUUGCAAACUACUGUCAAGCCCUUGUACUGUUUGUAAAUACAUGUAGUGUACAGACCUGCUAGUGGUGGCCUUGGACUGUUACUGGAGGUGAAAAGGUCAAAGGUUAGUGAUCUGCUGUGCCUGUUUUUGAGAAUGCAUCAUACACUGAAUUUGUUUUUUUGGUUUGCUCUGUGUGUUUUCUCUGUAUUUCCACUGAGAGCUAGUCGGGCCUGAAGAAGUGUUUCAGUGUUUCAUGUUUAAGCCUCAUGCUACAGAUAAUGGUCUGUACACUGCUGCUGACCAGGGUUUUACAUUGAUUUUUAGUAGCUUUUGUUUGUUUCUGUGCAGUUUGAGAAUCAGCAGACACUUUGAUACUUGUUCCACUUAAAUAAUCCAUCACAGUGAACUUGUAGUUUUCUGUACAGAGUUCAAAUAACAGCUAUGGUAAUGCAGUUUUUACUGCAGAAUGAUUAGAAAAGUCUGUUCUGCUUUACCAUGAAACUAUCAUGAAGCACUGAUGGAUUACUGAACAUCAGGACGUUUUAAGGUUUAAGUGGAACUAACGUAAAGCUACGGCUGCGGAAGGUAGGAAUACAUAAAAUGUUAAUCUACAGCUCUCCUCAGUUGGUCAGGUAUUAUUAUUAAUUUUGAGUCAUAGAGCUGAGAGUCUGGGACGUCAGCAGUUACACAGAAAUCACUGAUGAUCUUUGGAAAAUCCAGAAGGUCAUUGAACAACACUUAACAAUGUUUUGAAGGCGUUUACUGAAUCUGGAUCAGAAAAGUACAAAUCGUCUCGUGUGAAUUAAAAAAAUGUAAAUGUUUUGUAUUAUCAGUUGCAUUUUCUGUACUCAGUUUUUCAUUCAUAUGGUAUUUUCUCACACUAUCAUUUGUUUUAUUUUUUUGUUUGUUUUUUUAAAUCCAGAAGGGUUUUGAGGAUUCUUGAAAUCAUUUCAGAGCAGUGUGAAGUGUCUUUGAAAUGACUCUGGGUUUUUAAAAGAGGUCAGAGGUUUAUGUUCCAGUAAAGUUGUUGUUUAGAUCUGUGACUAAAAAGUAAUAAUAAGAGGCACAAGCUUGUGCUAAUCUACAGCAUGUUAAGAUAAAUGGUUAAUGUUCCUGAUUCAUAGUAAAUUGGCUAAAACAUGCUUUAACACUGGUAUUCUCCUCAUGGCCCAUGUUGUGAAUAUGAUAUGCUCACUGUGUAGUUUAUUGUGAAAAGAUUUUUGAUUUUUGUUGCUGAGAGUGCUACAUUGCCCCGAUGACUUGCAACAUUAACACAGUAGUGACAUGUUUCCUGUUUUCUUUGUUUUGUUUUAUUCCACUGAGUUGAGAUGUUAAAUAUCCAGGUACAGGACGUCCUCAGGCAAGAAAUGUCCUCACGUGAAGUGUGAUGCUGUUAUUAUGGUUUAGAAAAGCUGCACAAAGCCAUAACACCAACCGCCUCCUGUGUGCAGUCAGAGGUUUCUGGCCUUUUCAGUUGAAAUAUGACAUUCUUUAAGUGUUCUGGAUUCUUCACCAGUGGGAAAACAAGUUUGAAAGUGAACAUUGCAGUUAUGUUCUUUUCUUUUUUUUUUCUAAAUGUGUGUAAAUUAAAGAACUGUACAUGUGAUCCUUUGAUGCUUGCGUUUUUUUAUAUUUUUUGCAAGAAAAUAAUGCCAAAUAAAAAUGUUUCAUUUAAAGAGAGACAGUUUUUUCUUUUUUUGCAGAGGUAUAAAAGAGCAGUAAGAAUAUAAUCACUUAUGGACUUUUCUUUUGCCCGAGGGCUUAGUGUGAGCCCGAGCCACAGGGAGUUCAGUGCGAGCCCUGUGUUAGCGCUGCACAGUCCCACUGUGAGGAGACAGGAAGGAGCGCUGCCUCCAAACCGCUGUCAGCACGAGCUGGAAGUGACUCUAACAGUAGCUCAGAUUUCCAUCUGGAGUCUGGACAAGGAAGGACCGAAAACACAGUUCACAUCUGCAACGAAUUCAGGCACCGUUAAGCUCAGAGGUGCCCUUCUCACUGCAAAACAAACCAGCCAUUCUCUAUUCAUUUAGCAUGAAGUGUACAACUCCAGGUGAAGAGUGUUGAUGUCUUGAGAUAAAUAACAGUUAAGAAAAUUUCUAUAUAGUGAGAACUGCUUUUUUUUUUUUUUUUUUUUUUUUCAGUCAUGCAUUUUCUCAGCUGACUACAAUAGUGUCUUCUUUGGCAUGACCACUGGGGGCGCUGAAGUCUGAAAUUGUCUGAGCUGCGUCAGUUUUAUGAUUAAAAACUGACCCUGUGUUUUGUGGAUUAUCCAGAGUAACUAGGACAGUUUCUGGAAACAGAGGUUGAUGUUGAAAAAACUUCAUCAAAUGUCAGUUUCAGUGCUUUUAGCACCAGAAACUAAUUUUCAUUCGCAUUCACUGUAUUUACAGAGACGCAGAUAUCUGACAACCUGGACAAACAUGGUGCUGGAAGUGAAUGUUAAAAAUAAACAGUUACUCCAUUCCUUACUGUAGUCGGUGCAUGGUCUUCAGCAUUACAUUCAUAUCUCUUGAAACUGAAUGUUACUGCAACAUAUGACGGCCUUUAGUUACUGCAGACAAAGCACAAGGAUCAAAUGUUAAAGAAAAUACUGUUUAAUUAAAAAUCUUAAUGGCUUAGGCAUGAAAACAUGGCAACACAAUGAAUGCUGAGGAUAUUAAAAAGACAAUAAAUAAAAUCAUAUUUACACAGGCAAUAACAAAGCAAUGAGGACAACUUUUUAGUAGGCAAUUUCCUGUUGAAAAGGCUAGUUAACAUGUUUAUACCACAUAUCAUUAACCAGUGGAUCUGAGCCAACACACCAGCUGAGUUUACCAGCGACUCUUGAGGGGAAAUAUAUGUGUGUAUAUGCAUGUGUGUGUGUGUGAGCCAGCGGAGCCUCUGGCAGAAAUGUCGGCCUCAAGUGUAUCUUCACACAGCGGCACCUUCAUGGUCAAGAGUUAGUCCCUGUUAGUGUUCAAAGGCUGAGAUCAAGUGAGAGCAAAGCCUGACGACACAUCCUCUCUAUAUCAAACCAGGCUGAGGGGCAACAUAAAGGGCAGCUUGCUGCUUUGAAAUACUUUUGGUUUUGGGGCAAUUAAAGCUGUAAGAUUUCUGUGGAAUCACAGCAAGACUGAAAGCUGAGAGGCCAGAUUCAGCCUUGUCUGCAGGGAUGUGAUCAAUCUACAUUUUACAACUCAACAUAGUCUGAGUUUUACUGUUUUUUACUCUUUACUGCAUUUUCUUUUUGUUUUACAUCAAAGUGUCCACAGUACUUUCAUGACAUUAGGCAGACUUCUGUUUUCUUCUUUCAAGAGUAUGGAGGUAUCACUGAAUGGUUUCUGCAAACUUGUUUGCAUAUUUCAGACCUAUUUUUAGAGGAAAAUACACCAAUGUCUGUAUUAUAACAGCCUAAAGAAUUCAGAUUAUGAGCCAAUAAGUGACAAGAAACUGCACAGCUGCACCUUGCACUCGCAAAAAAUAAAGGUUGCAACUUGUUAACAAAUAGUUCCUCAUAACUACAAGAAAACUAAGUCAUACUUGCAAGUUAAUGUCUUUCUUUUUUUUCCUCUGCCAACUGCAGUGUACUACCCGAUUAAAGACAGAAACUGUGUCGCCAUUACAUAGUUUGUCCACCAGAGAGCGCCAACAAGCUAAUUUUUCAAUUGCAAAAUGUCCAACUUAGUACAUAUUUUGGUAAAAAAAAAAAAAAAAAAAAAAUCAAUCAACCAAA